GUAGUCGGACGCAUUUCAAGGUUGAGCCAACUCCACUUCCGUUUGUCAUUCGACGAGCCCGUAGUACGACAGCCUGCCUCUCUACAGCUCUACAAACGCAGUGGCUGAGCUUUGUGACCAGACAUCAUGACACUGUUUCACUUCGGGAACUGCUUUGCCCUGGCCUAUUUCCCUUACUUUAUAACAUACAAGUGCAGUGGCCUUUCAGAGUACAAUGCCUUCUGGAGAUGUGUCCAGGCUGGAGCGACCUACCUGUUUGUCCAACUCUGUAAGAUGCUGUUCCUAGCUACAUUUUUCCCGACAUGGGAAGGAGGAGCUGGAGUUUAUGACUUUGUCGGGGAAUUUAUGAAGGCCACAGUGGACCUGGCGGACCUGUUGGGUCUCCAUCUUGUGAUGUCUCGUAAUGCUGGUAAAGGGGAGUACAAAAUCAUGGUGGCUGCCAUGGGCUGGGCAACAGCAGAACUUGUGAUGUCAAGGUGUCUCCCUCUGUGGGUAGGAGCCAGAGGGAUUGAGUUUGACUGGAAGUACAUCCAGAUGAGCUUUGACUCUAACAUUAGUUUGGUCCAUUACAUCGCCAUGGCAGCAGUGGUGUGGAUGUUCACACGCUAUGACCUUCCUAAGAGCUUCAGGCUUCCUGUUACUGUGCUGCUGGCUCUCUGUGUCUACAAGGCCUUCCUAAUGGAGUUGUUCGUCCAUGUCUUCCUGUUGGGCAGUUGGACAGUGUUGUUGGUGAAAGCCGUGCUGACUGGUGCCAUCUCUCUCUGCUCACUGUUUCUCUUCGUCACUUUGGUCCACAGUAACUAAGUACACCUCAGCACCCUGGGUUAAGCCUGCAACAGUCUCAGUGGUCCAGACUGGACCUGGCUUGUCACAAAUCAGAAGUUGACUCCUGAUACAUAUCACCAUAAAACACCAAAGACUUCUGAAAGUGCUUGUUAUUAUUGGGUAUCUUGACUGGUCUGACGUUAAAACAAGGAUAGCUACCAGCUGGUAAGCUAACGAGUUCUUCCAGUUAGUUUAUCUGUCAGUACAGACCGUUGCUGGAAGACAUGCACUGAAGCUUUGUUUGCUUUCAGUAAACCAGUUAAACCUGCAGGUUGAGUGGUGACACCAGGACACUUCCAUGUUAUUAUUGGCUUCCCUACGCUGUGUUGGUUUUGUUAAAAGGUGAAUUUUGUACCAGAAGGACCAGAAAUGAAAUGAGACUUUAUAUAUAACUUAUUUUCUAUGUGUUGAACAAUGACCCAGAGUAAAUGAUUAGAUUAGAUAGUAACGUUGGUUUAUACCAAGUAAAUGACAGUUAUAGUUCCUUAAUAGUUCAAUGUGUGACCACCAAUUUAUAUACAAGUUAAUAUUAGUAGUUAGUUAAAACAUAACUGUAUCAAAUUUUUGAAUCAUUUGAUUUAAACUUAAAUUUAACUAAAGAACAGGCCCGCUGUAUGAAUAAACUGAAGUCCUCUCAGCAUUAUGACCACACCAUGUUGGAUUGUAAGCAUCUGUGAUUCAACUUUGAAAUAAUAAAUGUGUUUUUGUCUAA